AUGUCUCAUGUCAGACUGUGCUCCCAUUGCACUGUGACUGGUCCCACUGUCAUCGAUAUCCACGGCCAGGUUAACUCUGUCCAGGACCGGUGUGCGUACGCUCUGAUGAGGACCCCAUUAUUCCCAAAUUUACAGGUUCAUGCGACAUUCCAGGAACGACGGCGUAAAGAUGUUAGCUUUUUGGACUGUGUGAUCCUGUCUCUGGAGAAUCCACGUGUUGAUAUUAACCUGGAACAAGGCGGGAAAGUUCAGAUGGACAACGUACCGAUGACGCUCAACGCCACGGCUCAGCCAGUUCACGGAGUGGAGCUCUCUCAGGACCAGACCGGAGUGACCGCCAAGAUGUCCCACUUGAACAACACGAUAACUGUCUUCUUUGAUGGCUACACUGCACAGAUACACAUUAAAGGACCGAGUGGACAACGUCAACCUGUGGAUGGUUUAUGUGGCAACUCCAGCAGGCCUUUGAGUGAAGCGAGGCUCUCUAAUUACAGUGCAACCGGCUGUGAGACGCAGUACCAGGACGCCGCUGACAGCACGAUCAACUGCAACGCAACGACUGAACGCUGUGAUCUCCUGAAAGAGGCGCCUUUCACGGCCUGUCACAGCAACAUCGCCCCAGAGCCCUACGUAGCUGCCUGCACCAACACUUUGUGCAAAUAUCCUGAUGUGGACAGUCUCAACUGUCAGUUCCUGGAGGCCUACGCCAAAGCCUGCAGCCUCUACAGCGAUGACACACUGGACGGCUGGAGGUCAAAGGCCAACUGCUACCCUCAGGCCUUCUGUCAGGACCGAUUCUGCAGUGCUCAUGAGUUCUGCGUUGAGAAGAGCAACAGUGGUGAAACCCGUUGCCUCUGUCGGGCCAUAUUUGCUUCCCCAUACAGAUCUCAAAACACUUUAGGUGACGCGGUGUUCUGCAAUGGGACCACUCUGUCGGUUACUCUGGUUGGUUGUCUCCUUGGGGACAAAGGCAUCAACUACUCUGACUUACACCUUUACGACAAGAACUGCCGAGGUGAAAUGGACAACGCGACCCACAUGGUGACCUUAGGCCUCGACACCAAGACCGAGACCUGUGGAACGAUGAUCACGAUGAACAACGGCACAGUUAUCAACAAGAAUGGCGUCAUUCUGGAGACCACCGGUGAGGAACUGAUGGACUUCAAAUGUCCUUUUGUUCUUCCAGAUAUCAACAUCGAUUUCUCAGUAACCAUCAAAGUCAAGAGUGGCGUCAGCAGCUCUUCGGUCGCGUAUAUUACAACUGGAAUUUGGAACUACACUUUGACCAUGACGGCCUACACUAACGCCCGCCGGACACACAUUGUGAAUAAGGACACCCUCCUCCACCUGAACCAGAAGGUCUGGUUUGAGCUGAAGACAGACGGCCUGAAUGAUAAAAUGGUUAAUCUGGUGACCCACUCCUGCUUUGCAACCAACGAUCCAUCACCCGAUGCAUCUCUGACAUACAACCUCAUCAUGGACGGCUGUGGGAACACUGCUGACAAAACCGUGGUGGUGGAGAGCAACGGACAGGGAACAGCCAACUACUUCUCCUUCAACAUGUUCCAGUUCGCAGGGAAAAGUGGAGAGGUCUACCUGCACUGCAGACUGAACCUGUGUGCCAAAUCGAGCAAGACCUGUGUCCCGGUCGUUUCCAUGGUGACUCAGACUGGACGACAAGGCGUAGACCUCCAGAAUGAUUCCUGAUGAAGAGUCUGAACGCCUGAAUAUCUUCGAUUUUAUGAACAUCCUCUCCUGAAAAGAUCAGCUCAGUUAUGAUUGUUGUGAAGCCAUGUAGCACACAAAACUGUAAUAACCAGGUUUGAGGGAUUCAUCACUUCCUCAGUGAUUUAAAACAUUCUAUUAACCAAACAAGCAGCACAAACAAAAGAAAUGAGAGUUUAGAUAAUAGUUAGUCUGUGAAGGUUUAAAUCUUGAUAUAGCAAUUAUGAGCAGACUGGAGAAGUUUUUUUGUUUCUUUUUACUUUUUACACUCCCUCUAUAGGAUCUCUCACAGUUUUGUCACUCUUAUUGGGGCCUAAAAUGUAUUUUAUUUACUGUAUCUUCUCUGCAAUUUGCAUUAGAGGAUUAGAGAGGAUUAGACUAAAUUGCGAACUCUCACACACAAUGAAGGCAUUUGUUGAAUUUGCAUUAAUUUCGGCGAUACAAGAUUUCCUGGAGGGACUGAUUCUACAAUUCAUACUUUCACUCUACUAAUACUACUAUGGUGAAGGUUUCUUUUUUAUUAUUAUAACCACUCUGUUACACAUAUACUAUAGUCCAAUCUUAAAGAUGUAACACAUAUUAAAAGAAUAUCUUAUUUGCUUUCCUUCCAAGGGUGAGAUGAGAAAAUGCAUUAGGUACGGACCUGGAGUUAUGACAUGGUUAGAUUAGUUUAGUAUAAAGUAGGGCAGGCUGUGACAUGUGUAAUAAAAUAAUUAUUCCACUAUAGCAACUUUUGACAGGAAGUUUUGGAAAUUUUCUAUAGUAAUAAUAAUGGUCCAAAAUUAAGUAAAACUGUAUAGUUUUAGUCAAAAACCUUCAACUUUUCUUGGGUGAAGACCCCCAAACCCAGUACCUGUUAUUCACUGUCACAAUUCAGAUUGUGUCUCUUUAUCCGGCAGCAUAAUAUGUAAGAGCAUCCUGACUGUGACUAAAACUAGUUCACACACCAUUGAUUCAAGACUAAGUCAUCCUAUAAUAUAUUAUACAGUGAUGC